AUGGGCAACGUGGAGCAGCUAUCAUCCAAGGUUCACGAGCUGGAACACCGUCUCGUGGAAAAUCACGUGGAGGUAAGAGAAGUUAAAGAGGACGUCAGGGAACUUCGGCGUCUACUGGAGUUAUACUUCUCCACCAAGGAAAGGAGCCCUGAAGGGGCAGCCACCAACAACAACCGCCACCCAGAUCGGGCAAAGGGCUCCGGUGAACGACAGAACGACACCCCAACAACAGCAGUCAUACCCAAAUACAGUCAUCUGGAGUUCCCCUCAUACAGCGGCAGCGGUGACCCACUUGGAUGGCUGUACCACUGUGAGCAAUUCUUCCGUAAUCAACGCACGGAAGAGAAGGACAAGGUCAGCCUGGCAGCAUUCCACUUGACCGAUGAAGCACAGCUCUGGUUCUACCGAGUGGAGCAGGAAGAACCAGACCUUAGUUGGGACCAGUUCAAGUCAUAUUGCCUCCUCUGGUUCGGACCCCCAUUAACAAGCAACCCCUUGGGGGAGCUCAUUAACCUCAAGCAGACCGGGACCGUCGUGGAGUAUCAGCGGCAGUUUUAG